AUGGGUCGCAGUGAGGUGGUGGUGCGGGUGAGCAGUGUGUGUGACAUGACUUCAAGUGCUUCGUACCAGAGUUUCGCAGAGAUCGGUGAUGACGCCAAUCAUGUGCUGAUACAUGUGCUGCCCAGCGAUGGCCGCAAUGGGAUGCGCUCGUGGCAGCACUACAUCCACGACUUGGAUGACUUCUUCAACAAAGUCUACAAAUACCACCAAAAGUCGGGAUUCGCGUGCAUUGUCUUAAGCAAUGUCUUAGAACUGAUUCAAAUACUAUUUGUUAUAUUAUUCACAAUAUUUUUAUAUCAUUUUAUUGAUUACGACAUACUAUUCAAAAACAAACCGCCGGCCCAUUGGACGGGUGGUAGUAACACAUCCAAAGUGACAAUCAGUGAUGUGCUCAUCCCUUACCACUCCGUUACUUAUAGUGCGCUUGAGGUCUACCUAAUAGUGAUAGCACUGGUGUUCUGGUUCUUCAAGUUAUUCAAAGCGAUUCACUCACUGUAUGUGAACCACGCCAUCAAAGCCUUCUACAGCGAAGCGCUGCAUAUCUCGGACUCAACUCUGUUCACAUGGCAGGACAUCCAGAGCCGACUUAUUCAGGCCCAACACGUCUGCCUCCUACAGGACGCACAACUCAAUGAGUUAGUCAUUCAUAACCGUCUUCUCCGGCACCACAACUACAUGAUAGCGCUGAUCAACAAAGGCUUACUUCCCAUCCACUAUAAGGUGCCAUUCGUUGGCGAACUCACGUACCUCACCAAAGGCUUGCAAUUCAAUUUCCAACUCCUCCUCUUCAGGACCUCUCUCUUUGAGAAUAAUUGGAAACUUAAGGAUGAAGUCAAGAGCGGAACCAAUCGACUGAUUUGUGCGCAAAAGUUGGAGAAAUAUAUCAUUCUCUUCGCUAUCAUUAAUUUAAUACUCUUUCCAAUGGUAAGCCUCUGGCAGUUAUUGUACAUUAUCUAUACGUACGCCGAGGCCAUCAAACGCGAUCCAUCCAUGGCUUUAGGUUCCAGGGGUUGGUCUCUACAUUUCAACGAAUUAGACCAUCAAUUGAAUGAACGACUCAAUAGCGGCUACAAAGCGGCCACAAAAUACAUGAACUCAUUCACGUCUCCCUUACUCGAAGUGUUGGCCAAAUUUGUGUCAUUUAUUGCCGGAACAGUUGUUUCAGUUGUCAUACUUCUGACCGUUUAUGACGAGGACGUGAUUGCGACUCGUUUGUCUAAAAUUUAA